AGAUAAAAUGAUCAGGUUUACUAAAAUGAUGAGAGGUUUAAAUCAUAAAUCUUAAUUUUGGCAUAUAGUAUCUAAAAGAAGUAAUAAAAAAAAGAUAUUUAGAUGUCCAUAUAACUUAUAAAGAUGAUUUAUUGGUGUUAACAUUUCCAUUCAUUAUGGGUCCUAAGAUGUUUUUUGCUCAUUAACAAUAUUCAUUUUUGACUUUGAUGGAGCAGUUGCAAUUAGAAGAAUCGACUAAAGUAGAGUUUAAUUUAGAUGGAACAGAUUUAAGUUUGAGUAGCAACCUUUUCAAUUAUAUUUUGAAAGACAAAAAAAACAAAGCAAUAAAGUUAUAGAUAUAAGAUGAAGAAUUUACCAUUAACCCAGCAUACUAAUUAAUUGAAGCUAAAAUGUUAAAUUAAUAAACUUAGUUGAAACAUUCUCCAUAAAAGAAAUACAUUCAAAUGGUAAAUUUAGGAAUGGAUCCAAGUCAUGCUAAUACAUUGUCUUGGUUUUUGAAUUCUUGCAAUAUCUAAUAAAAUUUAACAGAAAAAGAAAUAGUUAAAGUGAUGGAAUAAGGAUUGUCUAUACUUAAAUAACCAACUAAAGAUAAGUUAUAUGAGUUGCAACAUUUGAUUAAUAUUUUGGAAGCUGAAAUUUGUAAAUAACGAGAACAAUUAGACGUAAUGAUUGGUGAAGCAGAAAAGACUGGAUAUAGAUGGUUAUCUCUUUUAUUUGUGUUAUCUGUUUUAUAAAUAGGUGCCUUUUAUUAUGGUAUAUAUAUGGUUGAUGAAUGGGGUUGGAAUGUAUGUGAACCAUUCACAUAUACAUUAUAAUGUGUAACUGUUCUUAUGGGAAUGAUUUUCUAUAUUAGAUACAGAAGAUAAAGAGAGAUUGAAUCCAUUAGAUGGGCAUUUAUGUUUAGGUAUAAUUAUAGAUUUUAUUAACGUAGAAAAUAAACUAAAGAAAGAACUUGGAAAGAUAGAUGGAAUCAUCUAAAUACUCUCAUAUCCUUGAAAGAAGAAUAAAAAAGAGGAUUAGAAUUAAGAAAAACAAUUCUCUACAAUAGAAUGAACUAUCACUAUUAUGUUUAAUAAUAGAAAAAAUGA